CUCCAACUCUCAUUCAUUUCACCGGUUAACAUGAGAGAUCAUGGCCGCCUUCGGGCUUCUCAGCUAUGAACAGAGACCGCUGAAACGCCCCCGGCUCGGGCCGCCCGACGUCUAUCCGCAGGACCCCAAGCAGAAAGAGGAUGAACUUACUGCUGUGAAUGUAAAGCAAGGCUUCAACAAUCAGCCAGCAUUUACUGGAGAUGAACAUGGCUCAGCCAGAAAUAUUGUAAUUAACCCAUCAAAGAUUGGAGCAUAUUUUAGCAGCAUAGCUGAGAAAUUAAAGCUUAAUACUUUCCAGGACACCGGAAAGAAGAAACCACAAGUUAAUGCUAAAGAUAAUUAUUGGCUGGUAACUGCUCGAUCCCAGAGUGCGAUUCAUAGCUGGUUCUCUGACUUAGCAGGAAAUAAACCACUUGCAAUUUUGGCAAAAAAGGUUCCCAUCCUUAGUAAAAAAGAAGAUGUUUUUGCAUAUUUAGCUAAAUAUUCCGUGCCAAUGGUUCGAGCAACGUGGCUGAUCAAGAUGACUUGUGCCUAUUACUCUGCUAUUUCUGAAGCUAAAAUUAAGAAACGUCAGGCUACUGAUCCCAAUUUGGAGUGGACACAAAUAUCUACCAGAUAUCUCCGAGAGCAGUUGGCUAAGAUUUCCGACUUCUACCACGUGGCUUCCAGCACGGGCGAUGGCCCUAUCCCGCUGCCACCGGAUGUGGAGCAGGCCAUGAAGCAGUGGGAGUAUAACGAAAAGCUGGCAUUUCACAUGUUCCAGGAAGGAAUGCUAGAAAAACAUGAAUAUUUGACAUGGAUCUUGGAUGUUUUAGAAAAGAUCAGACCAAUGGAUGAUGAUCUUCUUAAACUCUUGUUACCAUUGAUGCUGCAGUAUUCAGAUGAGUUCGUUCAGUCAGCUUACCUGUCUCGUCGUCUUGCCUACUUUUGUGCCCGGCGUCUUGCCUUGCUGCUGAGUGACAGCCCCAGCCUCUUUGCUGCUCACUCGCCGCACAUGAUCAUAGGACCAAACAACUCGAGCAUUGGGGCCCCCAGCCCUGGCGCCCCCGGCCCCGGCAUGAGCCCCGGGCAGCUGGCCUUCUCAGACUUCCUUUCCUGUGCACAACACGGACCCCUGGUUUAUGGACUUAGUUGUAUGUUACAGACUGUCACUCUGUGUUGCCCAAGUGCCUUGGUGUGGAAUUAUUCCACAAAUGACAAUAAAAGCUCAAACCCAGGCUCGCCCCUGGAUCUGCUGCAGGUGGCCCCCUCCAGCCUCCCCAUGCCGGGUGGGAACACGGCUUUCAAUCAGCAGGUUCGGGCAAGGAUUUAUGAGGUAGAACAGCAGAUAAAACAAAGAGGCCGUGCAGUGGAAGUUCGGUGGUCUUUUGACAAGUGCCAAGAAUCAACAGCAGGGGUGACAAUAAGUCGGGUUUUGCACACGUUGGAAGUGUUGGAUCGACACUGUUUUGACCGAACUGACUCCAGCAAUUCAAUGGAAACACUUUAUCAUAAGAUUUUCUGGGCUAACCAAAACAAAGAAAACCAAGAGGCGGCCCCCAACGAUGAAGCUGUGGUGACACUGCUGUGUGAAUGGGCUGUGAGCUGUAAACGGUCAGGCAAGCACAGGGCGAUGGCUGUAGCAAAACUCUUGGAGAAGAGGCAAGCGGAAAUUGAGGCAGAGAGAUGUGGUGAAUCAGAGGUCUUAGAUGAGAAAGAGUCCAUUUCUUCAGCUUCUCUUGCUGGAUCUAGUUUGCCUGUUUUCCAGAAUGUUCUGCUAAGAUUUUUAGAUACACAGGCUCCCUCAUUGUCGGAUCCAAACAGUGAAUGUGAAAAGGUAGAAUUUGUGAAUCUGGUGCUGCUGUUCUGUGAGUUCAUCCGACAUGAUGUCUUCUCUCAUGAUGCAUAUAUGUGCACUCUCAUAUCUCGAGGAGACUUGUCAGUCACUGCCUCGACACGGCCACGGUCGCCAGCAGGAGAAAAUGCAGACGAACACUAUCCAAAGGACCUUGAUGGGAAGAUGGAGAUUUUUUCUCCCAUGACUGGAGAAUCCUGUGAGAAUGCCAACCCUGCUUUGCUUAGAAGACUGUCGAUUAAUGGUGAGAAGUUGCUGAAGAGAGAAAAACCGAGGGAGUUAAUUUUUCCAUCUAAUUAUGACCUCCUGCGACACCUGCAAUAUGCAACCCACUUCCCCAUACCUCUGGAUGAAUCUUCAAGUCAUGAAUGUAACCAGCGCACAAUUCUUCUUUAUGGAGUGGGCAAAGAGCGUGAUGAAGCGAGGCAUCAGCUGAAGAAGAUUACCAAAGAUAUUUUGAAAAUCCUAAAUAAGAAGAGCACCACAGAGAUGGGGGUUGGAGAUGAGGGACAAAAAGCCAGGAAGAGCAAACAGGAAGCAUUUCCAACACUGGAGACUGUGUUCACAAAACUUCAGCUCCUUUCAUAUUUUGAUCAACAUCAAGUGACGUCUCAGAUCUCUAAUAAUGUGCUGGAACAAAUCACAAGCUUUGCAUCAGGGACUUCUUAUCACCUCCCUUUGGCUCAUCAUAUUCAGCUCAUCUUUGAUCUCAUGGAGCCAGCGCUGAACAUCAAUGGACUAAUUGACUUCGCAAUACAGCUACUGAAUGAACUGAGUGUGGUGGAAGCUGAACUGCUCCUGAAAUCUUCCAGCCUGGCAGGAAGCUAUACAACGGGCCUGUGCGUCUGCAUCGUGGCUGUUCUCCGGCGGUACCACAGCUGUCUGAUCCUGAACCCUGAUCAGACAGCCCAGGUGUUUGAAGGGUUGUGUGGUGUGGUAAAGCAUGUUGUGAACCCCUCAGAAUGUUCUUCCCCUGAAAGAUGCAUCUUAGCCUACCUCUACGAUCUCUAUGUGUCAUGUAGUCACCUCAGAAGUAAAUUUGGAGACCUCUUCAGUAGUGCCUGUUCAAAAGUUAAGCAAACCAUAUAUAACAACGUGAUGCCUGCAAAUUCUAACUUGCGAUGGGAUCCAGACUUCAUGAUGGAUUUUAUUGAGAAUCCUUCAGCCCGUAGCAUCAACUACUCCAUGUUGGGAAAGAUCCUAAAUGACAAUGCAGCCAAUCGGUAUAGCUUCGUCUGCAAUACUCUCAUGAAUGUAUGUAUGGGCCACCAGGAUGCCGGCAGGAUUAAUGACAUAGCCAAUUUCUCCUCUGAGCUGACAGCUUGCUGCACCGUUCUCAGUUCAGAAUGGCUGGGAGUUCUGAAGGCUCUUUGUUGUUCUUCAAAUCAUGUGUGGGGAUUUAAUGAUGUACUUUGCACUGUAGAUGUGAGUGACCUUUCAUUCCAUGAUUCAUUAGCUACUUUCAUUGCUAUUCUGAUAGCACGACAGUGUUUUUCCCUGGAGGACGUCGUGCAGCACGUCGCACUUCCCUCUCUCCUAGCCGCAGCUUGUGGUGAUGCAGAUGCCGAGCCUGGGGCAAGAAUGACAUGCCGACUCCUGCUUCAUCUCUUCCGAGCUCCUCAGGCCUGCCUAUUACCUCAAGCUACCGGCAAACCUUUCCCUGGAAUCAGAUCGUCUUGUGACAGACACCUUUUAGCUGCUGCUCACAACAGCAUUGAAGUGGGAGCUGUGUUUGCUGUCUUAAAAGCAAUUAUGAUGCUUGGAGAUGCCAAAAUUGGCAGUAACAAUGUCAGCUCUUUAAAGAACGAUGACUUCACCAUGAGGGGUUUACGUCGUGAUGGGAAUGCAGAUGAUAUCUGGGCUGCCUCACAAAAUUCAAAAUCCUGUGGGAAAAGCAUUUCCAUAGAAACAGCCAAUUUAAGAGAAUAUGCAAGAUACGUCCUGAGGACUAUCUGUCAGCAGGAAUGGGUAGGAGAACAUUGCUUAAAAGAACCUGAAAGAUUAUGCACAGACAAAGAACUUAUAUUGGACCCUGUGCUUUCAAAUAUGCAAGCACAGAAAUUACUGCAGCUUAUCUGUUAUCCCCAUGGCAUUAAAGAGUGUACUGAGGGGGACAACCUGCAGAGACAGCACAUUAAGCGCAUUCUGCAGAAUCUUGAGCAGUGGACAUUGAGGCAGUCCUGGCUCGAACUUCAGUUAAUGAUCAAACAGUGCUUGAAGGACCCUGGGUCUGGUUCAGUGGCUGAAAUGAAUAACUUACUGGACAAUAUUGCAAAGGCAACAAUAGAGGUAUUCCAGCAGUCUGCCGACUUGAACAAUAACUCUUCUAAUUCUGGUAUGGGCCUCUUCAACCCAAAUGGGAUUGGAAGUACUGAUACAACUAGCACGAGACAGAAUGGAAUAAAGACGUUUCUAAGUUCCUCUGAACGCAGGGGUGUGUGGCUGGUGGCCCCCCUAAUUGCCAGGCUGCCAACGUCUGUGCAAGGAAGAGUGUUGAAAGCUGCUGGGGAAGAGCUAGAGAAGGGGCAGCACUUGGGCUCUUCUUCAAAAAAGGAAAGAGACAGACAAAAACAGAAAAGUAUGUCUCUUCUGAGUCAACAGCCUUUCCUCUCACUGGUCCUUACCUGCCUUAAGGGACAAGACGAACAACGGGAAGGCCUCCUAACAUCACUUCAGAAUCAAGUUAAUCAGAUUUUAAGUAACUGGAGAGAAGAACGAUACCAAGAUGACAUAAAAGCACGGCAGAUGAUGCAUGAAGCAUUGCAACUCCGCCUCAAUUUGGUGGGAGGAAUGUUCGACACGGUGCAGAGGAGCACCCAGUGGACAACAGACUGGGCCCUCCUCCUCCUGCAGAUCAUUACUUCUGGAACUGUUGACAUGCACACUAACAAUGAAUUAUUCACAACUGUUCUUGACAUGCUGGGUGUUUUAAUCAAUGGAACACUAGCUUCAGACCUAUCAAAUGCAUCCCCAGGGGGGUCUGAAGAGAAUAAACGUGCAUACAUGAAUUUAGUAAAGAAACUGAAGAAAGAGCUAGGAGACAAGCGAUCAGAAAGUAUUGACAAAGUUCGACAGUUGCUACCUUUGCCGAAACAGACAUGUGAUGUCAUCACCUGUGAACCUAUGGGUUCAUUGAUUGACACAAAGGGAAACAAAAUUGCUGGAUUUGACUCAAUAGAUAAAAAACAGGGUCUCCAGGUCUCUACCAAGCAGAAGGUGUCCCCGUGGGAUUUGUUUGAGGGUCAGAAGAACCCAGCCCCUCUGUCCUGGGCCUGGUUCGGGACUGUCCGAGUGGACCGAAAGGUGAUCAAGUAUGAGGAGCAGCACCACCUGCUGCUGUAUCACACACACCCCAUGCCCAAGCCCCGCAGUUACUACCUCGAACCACUGCCCCUGCCUCCCGAGGAGGAGGAAGAAGAGCCCACAUCUCCCAUCUCUCAGGAACCCGAGAGGAAAUCAGCUGAGCUGUCAGAUCAGGGAAAAACCACAACAGAUGAAGAGAAGAAAACAAAGGGAAGGAAGCGCAAGACGAAAUCAAGCUCAAGAAUUGAUGAGUAUCCGCAGAGCAACAUAUACCGAGUGCCUCCUAAUUACUCACCCGUUUCCUCCCAGAUGAUGCACCCUGCACAGCCCACCCUGUGGGGCUACAACCUCAUGGGUCAGCCCCAGCAGCCUGGCUUUUUCCUUCAGAACCAAUCUCUUACUCCAGGUGGCUCCAGACUGGACCCCGCGGGCUCCUUUGUCCCCACCAACACCAAACAAGCUCUGUCCAACAUGCUGCAGCGGCGCUCGGGUGCUGUGAUGCAGCCGCCCCUUCACGCCAUCACUUCACAGCAGCAGUUGGUGCAGAUGAAGCUCGUGCAGCAGCAGCGGCUUCUCAGGCAAGCCCAGACGCGCCCGUUCCAACAGGGCCAGCCAGGGGACCAGGCUGCUCUCUUCGCUGCACAAGCCCGGCCGUCCCCUCAGCUUCCCCAGUAUCCAGGGCUACAGCAGGCACAGGCUAUGCCCCAGGGUUAUACGAUGUAUGGAACACAGAUGCCAUUGCAGCAAAGCCCACAGCAGCAGGCUAGCAGUGUGGUGCUGUCUCCCAGCUAUAACUCCAGAACCUAUCCGGCUGCACAUUCCAACCCAGUGCUGAUGGAAAGACUCAGACAGAUGCAGCAACCACCAAGUGGCUAUGUUCAGCAGCAGACGUCGCCGUACCUGCAGCCUUUGACUGGCUCUCAGAGACUGAAUCAUCAGGCCCUUCAGCAGAGUCCUCUGGUGGGGGCAGGAAUUGAAGCGGUGCUGACUUCCACACAUCCAAACCUUCCUCCCGUGCCGCUGCCCCAGGACCCGAUGAGGCCCAGACAGCCGCUGGUUCGACAGCAGCAGAGGCUCCUCCAGAUGCAGCAGCCCCAGCAGUCUUCACAGCCCCAGAGUCAGACCCUCGGCCUCCAGGCGAUGCAGCCCCAGCAGCCUUUGGUCCCCCGACCAGGCCUGCAGCAGACCCAGCAACAGCAGCAGACGGCCGCGCUGGUGCGGCAGCUCCAGAAGCAGCUGUCCAGUAACCAGCCACAGCAAGGAGUGACUCCCUAUGGGCAUCCAUCACACUUCUGAACCUGGAAGAGGACAAGACAUGCAGUUUUGUGUUUGCACUGAGAAAUAGGAACUCAAACUCAAUGCAUUAGUCAACUUUAGAAAUGUCCCUUUAUUCUUUAAUUUCUUUGAAGUUUCUCUAUGUUUUAUGCUAGAUUUCCUAAAAAUGUGUCUUUAAAAAAAAAGCAAAGGAGGAGGUGUGGUUUGGUGUUUUGGUUGUUGCAUUCAACUUCGAAAUAGGUUUAAAAGUGUGGUUCAGGCAGGCCUACUCCAGGAAGAGUUUAGUAGCAGACCUUUUGAAAAUUGGUGCUUUUUUUUUUUGGAAUCUCAUUGUUACAGAAAGAAUGAAUUAUGAUAGAUUUAAAAUAUUUAUGUAUUCAUUCAUGAUGAAGUGUGUGGGUGUUUUUCUUUUUCUUUUUUUUUUGGCAAACUGUGCCGGACCAAACUACUGAUUCAAAAGGCAUGUCAGAUCUUGACAGGAAAGUGACCCCUUUAUUCCGCAUUCACCUUUGAUGGUAACAUGGACAUUUAUUUGCAUUGCUCUAAUUUGAAAUAUCUGUAAUUUCAUAAGCACUUUAUAAACUUUGUUCUUAUUUAUGUAGGAUUUUUCUUUGCUUUCGUUGUGGUCAAAAGGUGCUGAAACAGAUUGUUGCUAAUAAGGACUUUAACUUCUUAGACCAAGAACUUCCACCAAGGCUUCUAGGGGAACCACGCUAAGAUACAUGGAAGCCUUCUAGGAGUUGCUGUACUGAUCAAUGUACUUGCCAGUAGUGGCAAGAUCAUUCACCAGAGUCUUUGUGAAGGUACAACAUGUAAAUUCUAAAGGCCCAAAUGAACCACAGUGGAAUUGUUACAAUUAUUCAUUGCCAGAUUUGGCAAAAAUGCCUGUCCAGUUUUGUUCUCCUGAACCCUGUGCUAACUUGAGAAAAAAAAAAAAAUCUCACAGCUGGCCUGAGAUUCCACAGUGCUCAAAUUUAACAUGGUUUCCAGAGAAUCUGGCCCCUUAAGUCCAGAAGGUUCUGGUUUUCAUAAAAGAUGUAUUUGCUGUUUAUUUUCUAUGGUAAGUAUUUGCUAUUUUGAAUUUAAUUAUUAACAGUGUCAGUCUCAGUUGUGUAUUGCAUAUACUGUAUUUAUAAAUUGGUGCAAAAAGCACAAGUAAAGUAAAUUAUACAUCAAAUUUAUUAUAAAGAAAUAGUAACUAUUUUAACUUUGUUCAGUAUGUGGUAAUUUGCUCCUAUUAGAGUAAAAAACAGUAAAUUAUUAUCAGUUUGUGUAACUUAAGAGUAUUCCAUAUAAUAUUUUUUUAGAUUUAGAUGCAUAAAAUUUUGAAUGUGAAAUUUGCAGGGCAUUUUAAAACAUGUGGGGGAUAUUUUCCCAUGUUCUGUGUUAAUUCAUUUUUUCUUCUGCCAUAUGAUUUUACAUGUAAUGUAGUCAAGCAUACUGUGAAUAGAUUUGUUUGUAAUGAGCAAACCACGUAGAACUACUUUUUAAAAAAAUGUAGCUGGUAUGACUUUAGAUUUCUUUUUCAAGUCAUUAUAUAAAUAAUUUAUAUCUUCCUAGGUGAGUUACUCAUUGCAAAGUUUGACUCAAUGCAAAUGACCUGAAAUCCAUGUCUGCUUACUUUCCUGUGGCAGCAUCCAUGUGAACUGCUUUGUACACUGUGAAACUCUUUCAUUCCAGCCUGCUCAUUUCGUGUUUACUCGGGGCUGGGAAAGACUUUGCCAAAACAUUAAAGACCAUUUCUUUUCACUAAAUUAACAAAUUCUAUCUGCUUUCAGAAGACAAAUCUUUACAUUUCAGCUGAUUUUGUAUAUCAGGGUUUUUUGUAUUUUUUUCCUUUCAAGAACCAUACCUAGAGUUCAUGAAGUUAUUUUUCUUCAAAAUAAUAUAUCCAUGUAAUGACUGCCUUGGCAAAAUGACCGAAAUGUGAAUGUUGUGCCUAGUGAGUAAGUCAUGUUCUGUCCUGAUUGUUUUCUUUCCUUUCAAGAAUUAAUGGUAUUUAAAAUGCCAGUUUUUAGUUUGAACCAUAUAUUUUUAUAGUUCAAUAUUGCAAACAGCAGUAAUACUGUUUCAAGAAUGAGUGUUAUAAUUGCAUAGCAUUUGUAUGCACUUUAUAUUUUGCAGAAGUUAGUGGAAUUAAUUUAUUAAUCACUUUGCACAUGAAAGCUGUGGGUAUACCUUUUUUGUUGUUGUUUCCUCUUUUUUCUUAGGUGAGGAAGCUAAGUCAUGGUAAGGCCCUAUAAUAUAAAGAGUCUAUGGAAAGUUGAGGGAAAACCUGGGACUGGUUUUCCCCUGCGCGUUAUAGAGCAAUUGGAAAUUUUAAUCUAGUCUUAACCAUGUUUCCUCCCACUCAGUCCUUUAUCCUGAGAGGUCUCAUUUUUCUUUUCUAGCUGAUGCAUUAAUUUGCAUUAAAAUGAUCACAAGGGAAAGCCCUAGCCUUUGGCAGAACCUGGCAAUUUACUUGGCCAGGUACAGAGGAAAUUAAGAUCAGAUGGAGACCCCCUUUCCCCUUAAGACUCUGGACUCCAAUGCAGUUGGACUAAGAAGCCCUUAGGGAUACCUCUUUACCCUGCAGGCUCCUUUCUAGUAGGGCUGCAUUUGUCAUUUGAUUUACUCCUCUUGGCCCGGAAGUAGGGCAUCACUGUGAGGAUGAGUGUCCUUUGGCCUCUUGUGGCCCCAGGGCACCAACAUCAGAGACCGCAGCAGUUGGGUCAUCUCUUAAAGUGGUGCCUGCUGAAAGUUGGUGCACUGAAAACACGAUGUAGUGAGCUCCCUCGGUCUCAAGUGAUCGGCAGGGGCUAAUAUGGCUCUCAGUUUUAUGUGCUGAUAUCUGAGCAAGACCCAAGGGCCUUUUCUUUUUCUUUCUCACUUACUAAGGCUCCUAUAUAAUCCUUAUAUAACAGGUAAAUAAUUGAGAAGAUGUUGGAGAAAUUUCGCUGGGAAAUCCCAGCCUCUAGAAUUAGAAAGAAUGAAUCUUAGUGUCCCCCAAAUUGAUGCAGGUUGAAUUAAGCAUGCAAUAUAAAUAAAUAGAGUGAAUUACAAAAAGCAUUUUGUGUAGGGUUGAUCAAAUUUUAAGUACAAUGAAACUUCAUUAUGUGCAUUAUCUGGAUUUUCCCAAACAUUUUCCAGUCCCAUAAAGGAUUACCACUUAAUGAAAUAAAAUGUUCAUAAAGCAAUGGUUCCUCCUUGGAAAAUUUUUCUUACAAAACAGCUCCAAACCAGGCUUAACUGAGCUAGAUUUUGAAGUUUUAAAGAAGUUUCAUUGUCUUUUUAAACCUUUUUAAUUGGUUUAUUUGGACAAAGGUAUAAUCAACCCCUUUUCACAUUUUAGUAUGUGCAGUUGUUCAUUUUUUUUUUACAUAUGGAAAAGUUAGCCUGCAUUUAUUUUUAAAUGCAGUUACUAAGACAUUUUUGUAUUCCCCAUCAAUGACAAUGCUCAGUAUGCACAAAAUGUGACUCAUGAUCAAAACAGUUCAGCUCUUACUUUCUCUAGGGUUUAAUAAAAUACUUAAAAACCAACCACACAAAUAUUUAUACAUCAAAAUGAUAAAUUUACAUCGAGACUGCAAAUUUAAUACUUUCCAUUGUCUCUGUUCUUAGUGCCAUGCUUGUAACUUUGAUAGAAGGUGGACACUAGGCAACUGGUAGUGAAAGAAAAAAGUCCAUUCUUUAAUGAAGAAUUCAGGUACAUUGACCAUUUCUUACUUUAUGGUGGAAAGUUCUUUUGAUGUACAUUGUUAUCUCUUGGCAAAAUAAAAGUGCCUUAAGUUAAAAGUUUGUUUUGAGAUCCAUUAAAGAAAUCAGUAUCAGUUCAUAAUGCAUUAUUUACAAAUCUUUUUUUUUUGCAUGUCCAUUAUAAAUUUAAUAUUGUAAAUGUACUCAUUCAUUUACAUGCCUAUGGCUGCCUUUGAUUAAACUUC